UUGAGAGUUUGUUUUGAGGUGGUGUGCUGUGCGAGGAUUUCCUUAUGGCCACAAUGGGACCCUGACUUGUGAGCCCUUUCGACCGACCUCUUGUGUGACAUCUGGGUCCCGAUAUCUAGCCAUGAAAUCUUGCGGUAUAUCAAGGACAUGGAAUUCCAUUCCUCACCUUUAAAUUCAACACAGCAGAUUCUAUCAUUCCAGCCCAUUACAGCUUUGUCAAAUUCAAAGACUCCCUCGACGAACUCGUUUAUCUCAACAUCUCAAAUAUCAUAAAUACUUACUUCGACCCAACUCACCACACAAGCGCCAAGUUCGAGGCGAAUCACUGCAGAGAACACCAUAAAACACCAUACAAAAUGCGCCGAGUACCUCGCUCCCUACAGACGGCUAUGAGGCCAGCAUGGAGACAAUCUCUCUUCGCAAUGUCCCAAAGACUCAAGCUUGCCAUGUAUCACUGGCUCAUACUCAGGCCAUACUCUCCGAAUGCGAUUGUGGUGCGACUUUCCGAACCCAAGCUUUGAUUGAGACUCGAGAGACCGAAGACUCCGAGAUACAGACGAGAAAAUGCUUACGGAGUACGGAGCAACGAGUGCACCCGAUGCGUAGAAUACGCUCGUAUUCUGCCUUUUACACCUGUCGCACUUGAUCACCCUCUGGGGGAAAAAUGGUACGGUCUGGCCGCGGUACGCUACCGUUUUAGGCGGUAUCCGCCAAUACGGGAGGUCUGGACUGGUAUCACACCACCACUCGGUCUCACCACCUUUUUUCGAUUUCCCUUCCAUCUUCCAACCCCCAAAGCCUUCCUUUCCCUUUCGAGAACACGUGGACUGAUGCAAGGGUCCUUGCGACUGUGGCUUCAGACCUCGCACCCUUGGAUGACUUAGCAACCGAUCCAGCGGGGGGAGGUCUGGCCUGACUUUGGCCCCGCUAUCGUGCUACAACCUAUUCGCAAGCUCCGAACUGGGAAAGUCAUACGAUUUUGAACAUUGUGAACAAUUCUUUAUACUACAAUUGUGCUACGGGAAGGGAGAUUAGUGUCAUUGGCACAAGGAUACUUCAACACUCGAGAUCCCCCCCCAGGUUCGUGAGAAAAGAUACAACAGCUCGGAAAAGCACACACAUACCAGAACUAUCUGAUCAGAAUCACAUUUUUGGGCCUUCUCCAACAAAUUGGCUCUUUGCCCUCGCAUAUUUGAUAUUCUCUCUAUUCUCUCCGCAAUGGACAAGUCAUCUCGCUCCAACUCCAGGCAGGUCGCCAACAAGGCUGCCGUUGCACCAAAAUCCCACCACCACUCUCCCACAACCUUCACAUCGUCUCCAGUUCUUGGUUCAGACAUGCGAUAUUACGCAUACAAACUCGGCACCAUUUCCAAGUUCAAGAUCGAAAAGGAGGCCCGCAAAUCCGAGCCCAGACUCCACAAACUGGUCGGCCAUUGUUCAUUAUUCGACAAUGCACGAAAGUACAUCAUCGACACCAUCAACCACGACGAUGACGACUGCGAACCAGAUGCAGCCACGGUCGAUUCCGGAGACGAGUGGUCUCUUGACAACGACGACAAGGAUGACGUCUCAUUCGAGUACGUGGAAGACGUACAAAAAUCGCAGCCCAAGUCCCGAUCUUCCAAAUCCUCGACGCAUUCUCACAGUACUCCUCGCAACGGCGUCGUGGUUGUCAAGGCCGAGGAGGUUCUGUUUGACGGCAUUGACGAAGAUGACGUCGAACUCGAAUGGGAAUACAACAGCGAUUCGACAGUAGAGGAUGACGACGACGAAGAGGACAACUGGAGCGACUCGACGUGCGAAGAGGACGAUUCGCAUGUCGACUCUUCUUCUUCCUACUCUGACCGCAAGGGUAUCGAUAUCCUCCCUACCGCGCAGCCAAAGUACACUACGCAGGAUGACUUCUUGCUGUGGUCGCAGCAACCUCAGGUCAUGACGCCGAGUCAGGCCAACAGCCUACUCAUCGAAGCGUUCGCCUGAAGAAGUCCUCUUGGCCUCUUUUCUUUUUUCUUUUGUCGUUCCAAAGCAAGGCGUUGUCUGGCGGGCUGGCUCUUUGUGUGCAACGCAACUUGGGACAUGAAUGACGAAUGCUUUCGGAAAUUCUGUUUGUUGCUACCGUCUCAGUGGUUCUACGGGUGGUUCAGUUUUGGUCAAUGAUACCCAGAUGUGUGUAUGCCUUGCGUCUAGUCAUCCGCAAUGAAAAUAUUGAUAACAUUCACACUCAUA